GCAAUGAUUUGUCGUCGUCAUUACGGUGUUGUUAGAACUUUCAACCAAUGAGUAGAAUGGUUGUGAUUUGCUCCUAAGCAUUUCUCUUGAGGCACCAAUUUUGUUCUUCAGCAACAACGAAGUUUCAUCUCUUCCAUGUCUCUCUCAGGCAGCGAUGAUGAAAUGGAGAUGGACUUUCUUCGUGAUCGGUAUCAGGAAAUGCACAGCGGAAACUUUGAAGUGUUUCUGAGUUUCAGAGGGGAAGAUACACGUGCUUCUUUCACUUCGCAUCUCUACACCGCUCUUCAGAAUGCAGGAAUCCUUGUUUUCAAGGAUGACGAGUCACUUCCUCGGGGAAAGCAAAUUUCACCCUCUUUGCGGCUAGCCAUAGAAGAGUCUCGAAUUUCUAUUGUUGUUUUCUCAAAAAAUUAUGCAGAGUCGUUUUGGUGUUUGAAAGAGUUGGAAAAAAUAAUGGAGUGUCACAGAACCAUAGGGAAUGUGGUAAUACCAGUGUUUUACGACGUUGACUCCUCUGAAGUACGUCAUCAAAGAGGCGACUUUGGGAAAGCAUUUCAACAUCUUUUGAGCAAGUUUUCUAAAGAGGAGGAGAAAAAGGUUCUGGAUUGGAAGCAGAGUUGGUGGAAGACUCUUCGUGAGAGUUGGUGGAAGAUUCUUCGUGAGAUUGGUGGCAUCUCAGCGGUUGAAAUCCUAUGUUCCAGUAGGAUGGAAAGGGUAGACAAACUCCAGGACCUUUGGAAAGAGACACUUCUUGAGGUUGUUCAGAUCUCAAAGAUUUUAGACUUAAAUCCAAGGGGGAAAAUGAAGAUUGCUGAAAGUAUAGAGAUCCUCGUGAGGCAGUCGAUGGCGGGACUUUUUAAAGGUGCUGAAAUCCCAUUUAGAAAAGAGAAGAUUGAUGAUCCGAUGGACUUCCUCGAGAAGCAAUGGAGGGAGGUAUUUUGUGAGCCUGUUAGCACCUCAGAGGUUGCAUUACUAGAUCCAUGUGGAGAAACAGAGCUUGCUAAGGCGAUAAAAUUACACGUGAAGCAUUGUAGGAAGGCACUUUUUGAGGCUGCUGGCAUCUCAGGGGACGCAGUCUUGAAUUCCUGCGGAAAAAGGGAGAUUAGUAAUGCGAUAGAACUCCACAUGGAACAUUGGAGGGACGCAUUUUCUGAGGAAGCUGGUACCAUCUUAGAUUCCAAUCAAAUAGGUUCUGUACUGGGGAUGGUUCAUUCUGAGAUACGGUACCUCCGGGAUCAUUGGUGGGAGAAAGUUCGUGAGGCUUAUGGUAGAUAUGGGGAUAACCAACUAUAUUCCAGAAAAAUUGACAUAGAACUCCACUUGGAGAAAUGCACUAAGGAUCUUCGUGAGGCUAUUGCCAUCCCAAGAGGUGCAGUCUCUAUAUCAAGUUUUCAAAAGCUGAAGGCUUACAAUCGGAUAGAGAGCCUUGUAGAAUAUUGGAGUAUCGCACUCUGUGAGGCUGCUGAAAUUUCGAGGUUGGCAGUCCAGCACUACAGAGGAAUAACGGAUAAUGAGAUCAACUACAUCAAGAAGCAUGCUAGCGACGCACUUCAUGAAGCUGCUGGCAUCUCCGGGGUUGUAAUCCUUAAUUCUAGGAAUGAAAGUGAGGCUGUGAAAAAUAUUGUUAAAAAUGUUACAAGUUUGUUGGACAAGACAGAGUUCUUUGUUGCCAAGAAUCCUGUCGGAGUAGAAUCUCGAGUGCAGGAAAUGGUUCAAUUGCUAGAACAAAAACAAUCAAACGAUGUUCUAAUACUUGGGGUAUGGGGGAUGGGAGGCAUUGGAAAAACAACUAUUGCAAAAGCAAUUUACAAUAAGAUUGGGCGAAAUUUUGAGGGAAGGAGUUUCCUUGCAGAUAUUAGGGAGGUUUGGGGGCAAGAAGCUGGCCACGUUUGUUUACAAGAACAACUUCUAUUUGAUAUCCACAAAGAAAACAGUACAAAGAUACGUAACACUGAAUCAGGAAAAGUUAUACUAAGAGAAAGACUUCGGCGUAAAAGGAUACUUCUUAUACUUGAUGAUGUAAAUAAAUUACAGCAAUUAAAUGCUUUGUGUGGAAAUCGUGAAUGGUUUGGUUCAGGGAGUAGAAUAAUCAUCACAACCAGAGACAUACAUUUACUUAGAGCGAAAAGAGUUGAUCAGGUUUGCGCAAUGACAGGAAUGAAUGUAGAUGAAUCUAUUGAGCUGUUUAGUUGGCAUGCAUUCAAACAAGCAAGUCCCAAAGAAGAUUUUAUUGAACUUUCAAGAAACGUAGUUGCUUAUGCUGGGGGCUUGCCACUUGCUCUUGAAGUCCUUGGGUCUUAUUUGUUUGAUAUGGAGAUAACAGAAUGGAAGAGUGUAUUGGAAAAACUUAGGAAAAUUCCUAAUGAUGAAGUACAGGAGAAGUUAAAAAUAAGCUAUGAUGGUUUAAGUGAUGAUACUGAGAAAGGAAUAUUCCUUGAUAUAGCAUGUUUCUUUAUAGGAAAGGAUCGAAAUGAUGUUAUACAUAUAUUGAAUGGUUGUGGACUUUUCGCAGAAAAUGGAAUACGUGUCUUGGUAGAGCGAAGUCUUGUAACUGUGGAUGAUAAGAACCAACUUGGAAUGCAUGAUUUGCUACGGGACAUGGGAAGGGAAAUUAUUCGUUCAAAAUCACCAAUGGAGCUUGAGGAGCGUAGCAGGUUAUGGUUUCAUGAGGAUGUGCUUGAUGUGUUAUCAAAAGAAACUGGAACAAAAUUUAUUGAGGGAUUGACUUUGAAGUUACCUAGAACUAAUACAAAAUCUCUGUGCACUAAAGCAUUUAUGAACAUGAAGAAACUCAGGUUGCUGCAACUUUCUGGUGUAGAACUUGUUGGAGAUUUUGAAUAUCUUUCCAAAGACCUGAUAUGGCUUUGUUGGCAUGGAUUUCCUUUUGCCUUCAUACCAACAAGCUUUUAUCAAGGAAGUCUAGUUUCUAUUGAGUUAGAAAAUAGUAAGAUUACCAUGGUGUGGAAAGCGACUCAGCUGAUGGAGAAGUUGAAAAUUCUUAAUCUUAGCCAUUCUCAUUAUUUAACAAAGACACCAGACUUUUUGAAUUUGCCCAAUGUUGAAAAGCUUAUACUCAUGGAUUGUCCAAGGCUGUCUGAAAUUUCAUAUACCAUUGGUCAUCUCACCAAAGUUCUACUAAUAAACUUUCAAGAUUGUAUUAGCCUUCGUAACCUUCCAAGAAGUAUCUAUAAGUUGAAAUCUCUUAAAACACUCAUUCUUUCGGGUUGUCUAAAGAUUGAUAAGUUGGAAGAGGACAUAGAACAGAUGGAGUCUUUGACAACCCUUGUUGCUGACAAGACUGCUAUAAGAAGGGUGCCCUUUUCAAUAGUCAGAUCUAAAAGUAUUGGAUAUAUUUCAUUAUGUGGUUAUGAAGGAUUUUCACGCGAUGUGUUUCCCUCUAUCAUUUGGUCUUGGAUGUCACCAGUAAAUAGUCUGUCUUCUCGUGUUCAAACAUUGGUAGACAUGUCUUCUCUUGUUUCUUUAGAUGUACAAAAUAGCAGUUCCAAUCAGCUAUCAUAUAUAUCUGAGGAACUUCCAAAGCUUCAAAGUCUUUGGAUAGAGUGUGGUUCUGAUCUUCAACUUUCUCGAGAUACAACGAGUAUUUUGGAUGCUUUAAAUGCGACAAAUUCUGAAGAAUCGGAGUCAUAUGGAACAACAUCACAAAUGCAGAAUGUAUUUACGUUAAUUGAAUGCAAUUCAAGAUCUAAAUUGUUUGAGAAGACACUUUUAAUUCAGAUGGGAAGGAGUUGGGAAAUCACACAUAUUCUGAAACAGAGAAUUUUACAGGUUCCUUUCUUUCUCUUUCUCUCUUAAAUGCAUCUAAUUAUAAUAUUUUUAUGACAUAAAUAUUUGUCA